AUGGAUCCAGGUGGUGGAAGUCUGGGACUGCAAACACAGGAACCCAAAAUGCCUCACACUAUGAUUAUGCAGGAUUUUGUGGCUGGAAUGGCUGGCACCGCUCACAUCGACGGAGACCACAUCGUGGUGUCCGUGCCCGAGGCUGUGCUGGUGUCCGACGUCGUCACCGAUGACGGGAUCACUCUGGACCAUGGCUUGGCAGCUGAGGUUGUGCAGGGCCCCGACAUCAUCACUGAGACCGACGUGGUGACGGAGGGAGUCAUCGUUCCCGACUCGGUUCUGGAGGCCGAUGUUGCCAUUGAGGAAGCUUUGGACACCGGUGACCACGUGUUGACUUCUGACCUGAUAACGGAAACCGUCAGGGUUCCUGACCAGGUGUUUGUGGCAGACCUUGUGACGGGGCCCGAGGGACACCUGGAGCACGUGGUGCAGGACUCUGUGUCCGGAGCCAACUCCCCCACCAUGGUGUCUGAGGAGGUGCUGGUGACGAACUCGGACUCGGAAGCAGUGAUCCAGGCAGCUGGGGCUGUUCCUGGCUCCACAGUCACCAUCAAAACUGAGGAUGAUGACGAUGGCAAGAGCACUUCUGAAGACUACUUAAUGAUCUCUUUGGAUGAUGUUGGAGAGAAACUGGACCAUAUAGGAAACACUCCCUUGAAGAUCAGCACUGAGGUGGCAAAUGAUGACGUUGCUAAAGAUGAUGGGUUUGGUUCAGAAGUUAUCAAAGUGUACAUAUUUAAAGCUGAAGCUGAAGAUGAUGUGGAAAUAGGUGGGACAGAAAUUGUCACUGAGAGUGACUUUCACAAUGGCCAUUCUGUAGCUGGAGUGAUUGAACAAGGAGGUGUGGGGAGGAUGCAGCGAGAAAAAAUGGUUUACAUGGCUGUUAAGGACUCCUCUCAGGAAGAUGAAGAUAUUAGAGAUGAACGAAGACUUCCCCGAAGAUACGAAGAUGGUCAAGCGGCAGGAAAUAACUUGGAUACACGAUUAGAAAACAAAAACGGUAAUGCAACACAGUACCUGCAGAUUUGUGAUAGCAUUAGCACUAAUAGAGUGCUCAAACAAAAAACCAAGAAAAGGAGGAGAGGAGAGGCCAGGCAAUGGCAAACAGCUGUUAUAAUAGGUCCUGAUGGACAGCCCCUAACAGUUUACCCUUGUCAUAUUUGUGGGAAAAAAUUUAAAUCCAGAGGAUUCUUGAAAAGGCAUAUGAAGAACCACCCAGAUCAUAUGAUCAAGAAGAAGUACCAGUGUACAGACUGUGACUUUACAACCAACAAAAAAGUAAGUUUCCACAAUCAUCUGGAAAGCCAUAAACUUAUAAACAAAGUCGAUAAGACCCAUGAGUUUACAGAGUAUACGAGAAGAUACAGAGAGGCAAGUCCACUGAGUUCCAACAAACUGAUCCUGAGGGACAAGGAGCCCAAGCUACACAAGUGCAAAUAUUGUGACUAUGAGAGUGCAGAGCAGGGACUGCUCAAUAGGCAUCUGCUCGCAGUCCACAGCAAGAACUUCCCUCACGUGUGCGUGGAGUGCGGGAAGGGAUUCCGACACCCCUCGGAGCUGAAAAAGCACAUGAGGACCCACACAGGGGAAAAGCCAUACCAGUGUCAGCACUGCGUGUUCAGGUGUGCUGACCAGUCCAACCUGAAAACUCACAUCAAAACCAAACACGGCACCGACCUGCCCUUCAAGUGCGAGCACUGUCCCCAGGCCUUCGCCGACGAGAAGGAGCUGCAGCAGCACACGGAGCUCUUCCAGGGCCACAAGACUCACCAGUGUCCCCACUGUGACCACAAGAGCACCAACUCCAGCGACCUGAAGCGACACAUCAUCUCGGUUCACACCAAGGAUUUCCCCCACAAGUGCGAGGUGUGCGAGAAAGGCUUCCACAGGCCCUCGGAGCUCAAAAAACACAGCGAGACCCACAAAGGGAAAAAGAUCCACCAGUGUAGGCACUGUGACUUCAAAACGUCCGACCCUUUUGUACUUAGCGGGCACAUCCUGUCGGUUCACACCAAGGACCUGCCUUUUAAAUGCAAAAGGUGUAAAAGAGGCUUUAGGCAGCAGAACGAACUCAAGAAGCACAUGAAGACCCACAGCGGGAGGAAGGUGUACCAGUGCCAGUACUGCGAGUACAGCACGACGGACGCGUCGGGCUUCAAGCGCCACGUCAUCUCCAUCCACACCAAGGACUACCCUCACAGGUGUGAGUACUGCAAGAAGGGCUUCCGCAGGCCCUCCGAGAAGAACCAGCACAUCAUGAGGCACCACAAGGAGGCCAUCCUGUGA